AUGACCACCUCGUCAGCCAAGGCCGAGCGCAAGGCCGAGAAGGCCCUCAAAUCUGCUCACAAGCGCGAAAAGCGAGCUUCGCAACAAGGGUCCGAGGCCGAGAGCAGUGCCGCUGCAGCGGCACAACCAGCAGCGUCCAUCGGCUCUCCUACCCCAGCAUCUGCAAAUGGCGUCGCAUCGGACUUGGAUGAAGCGGUCGCUGCAGCUGAGAAGAAGCGGUUGAAGAAGGAAAAGAAGGCGGCGAAGAGGGCGCGCGCUGCCGAAGCUGAACAGACAUCAGCUGCGAUGUCAGAAGCAAACACCAACGGCAAGCGGACAGCCGGAAUUGCGGACGAGGCAGAGUCAGCAGAAGAUGCCAAGACGGCAAAGAGGAGGCGAAAAGAAGCAAAGCAGGCUGCAAAAGCUGCUGCCGCUAGUGUUGACUCAGUUGCAUCUGCCCUGGACCAGAAGAGCGGCGCUUCUACAACAGCUGCAAGCACCGGCUCAGCGACACACGACGAUGCCAUCAGCGCAGCGUUUGCCGCAAAGAAGCCGCAAGGCUCGUCCACGGCAGCAUCAAGCGGCUCCAAGGCAGACUCUGCGGCGGCACGAGCGUACAUGGAGGCAAACAACAUCACGCUCGAGCAAGUGGGCGAUUCUCAUGAGGGCUUGCCUCCUCUGCCGAUGCUCAGCUUCGACGAGCUGACGGGCAAGGUGGACGCCAGAUUGAAGACGGAGCUGGAUAGAAAUGGAUUCGCAAAGCCUACGCCUAUCCAGGCGUGCUGCUGGAGUGUGUUGCUUGCUGGAAAGGACGUAGUCGGGAUCGCAGAGACGGGGUGAGUGACAACGUUGCCCUGUGCAUGAAGCCAAUCCCAAGCGAGGCAUGCUGAUGAAUCGCAACACUCUUCCAGAUCGGGCAAAACGUUUGCCUUUGGUCUGCCAGCGCUGCACAAGCUGGUUGUCAAGGGAAUCGCUCCCGCGGAAUCAGCUAGCAAGAAGGACAAGAAGGCCAAAAAAGGAAGCGCGGUUGCCAACGUCUCCGUCCUUGUCGUGGCUCCUACCCGAGAGCUGGCUAUUCAGACGCAUGAGCAUAUGGCAAAGCUAGCUCGGGCAGUGGGCUUGGGAAGCGUAUGCUUGUAUGGCGGAGUUAACAAGCAAGAACAGAUUAAGCUUCUCUCGGGCUCCCCGCCCAUCCGGGUGGUGGUGGGAACACCCGGAAGGGUGCUCGAUCUCGCCAGAGAGGGCAAUCUAGACCUAUCAGCUGUGGACAAUGUUGUCCUUGACGAGGCAGAUCGAAUGUUGGACGUUGGUUUUGAGCCCGACAUUCGAGCGAUCAUGAGCAUGUGCAGGUCGAGGGAGGAAGGCAGGUCGACGAGCAUGUUCUCGGCUACGUGGCCCCCAGCAGUCCGAGGAUUGGCGGAGAGCUUCAUGAACGACCCUGUUCGCGUCACUGUCGGAAGCGACGAGCUCAGCGCAAAUCACAGAGUAGAGCAGUCCGUCGAGGUGCUGGCCGACGGCAGAGCGAAGGAGAGGCGGUUAGAUGCAUUCUUGAAGAAGAUUGGGGCUGGACCGCGGGGCAAAGCUCCGAAUGACAAAGUCCUCAUCUUUGCACUGUACAAGAAGGUGAGCGGGCAUCUAUCGCUAUCAGGCCAAUGCACGGCGCUCGUCGGGGCGUCGCUGUGCUCACCGCUGUAUGAUUGACCCAUGCAGGAAGCACAACGAGUGGAAGACACCUUGCGCAGAAACGGAUACAGCGUCGCUGGCAUUCAUGGCGACUUGAAUCAGCACCAAAGAAUGGCCAGUCUGGAAGCGUUCAAGAAAGGCGAGACUCCUCUUCUGGUUGCGACAGGUAGGUGAUGCUUAGGGGGCACUGUACAGCAUUGGUGCGCUGCGGUUCGUAUUUCUUGACGAUUUGCUACCGAUAUCGUCUUGCAGAUGUGGCAGCCCGUGGUAUUGAUGUGCCGUCGGUCGAAUACGUGGUCAACUACACGUUCCCGCUGAGUGAGUGUGGACAUCUUGUCGACGAGUCAAGCGUCAAAACUUGAUGGCUGAACUUCUUGUUACAACCCAGCUAUCGAGGACUACGUCCAUCGAAUCGGGCGAACGGGUCGCGGUGGCAAGACUGGAAAGUCGAUUACGUGAGUGACAGCGCGAGAAGAGCGAAGACCACCAAGACGCACGUGCCCGAAGCGCUGAAACCUUUCCGCCUUGUCCGCGCCGCAGCUUCUUCACACAAGAGGACAAGUCUCACGCCGGCGAGCUGAUCAGAAUCCUCAAGGACUCCAAUCAGCCGGUGCCCGAGGAAAUGAAGCAGUUCCCGACCAGUAAGUGUAGCCUCCGCUGAUGAAUGUCUCGCUUUAGGUUUAGUCCAAUCAUCUGACCCCUGCCCGCGUGCACUUCCGCAGCCAUCAAGCGCAAGGAGCACUCUGCUUAUGGCUCUCACUAUAGCGAGCUCGUACCUGGCAAGGCAAAGUGAGUAGCGACAUUGCUAUGUGCACAGUUCAAGAAUACUGGCUGAUCGCAAUCCUGACCCAUCUCCUUGCAGGAAAAUUGUUUUCGAUUGA